UAUAAAAUCUAUUAAGCUGUCUGCCAUGGAAGACACUUGCAGUUAAGUCUGGUAGGUACUACUGUGGUAGUGGUGGUGGUGGUGGUGGAGAGACAAACAUGGAAAUGAAGGACGCUACCCUCGCCGAUAACGACGUCGCUUCCAUUGGAGACGCUGAGGACGCCGCCGUUGCCGGUGGAAGCGGCGACGAGGCGGUGUUGGCUGCCGGAGACGGAAGUGGCGGACAAUCUAGCAGAGACAGAGUGAAGGGACCUUGGUCGCCGGAAGAAGACGCCAUACUCAGUCGACUCGUCAGCAAGUUCGGUGCUCGGAAUUGGAGCUUGAUCGCCCGUGGAAUCGCUGGUCGAUCCGGCAAGUCUUGCCGCCUUCGGUGGUGUAAUCAGCUCGACCCGGCUGUCAAGCGCAAGCCAUUUUCUGAUGAGGAGGAUCAGAUAAUAGUUGCAGCCCAUGCAGUUCAUGGAAACAAGUGGGCAGCAAUUGCAAGGCUUCUACCAGGAAGAACAGACAAUGCUAUUAAGAACCACUGGAAUUCCACUCUGAGACGUAGAUGCAUGGAGCAUGGCAAAAUUAAGUUGGAAUCUGGUAAUAUGGUGGAAGAAGCUAGCUUUGACAAAACUAAAGCAUCGUCUGAAGAAACCAUGUCAUGCGGGGAUGUUAAUUCGUUUAAGUCCACAGAAGGUAGAGAUGCCAGUUCUUUGGAGAAUAUGGAAGAUCACUAUGAAGACAAACCACCAAUGGAGGGUCAGUUUAGUCAUGAAUUGAAAGAGCCACCUACUCUUUUUCGACCAGUGGCACGUGUCAGUGCUUUCAGUGUAUACAAUCCUUUGGAGUGCCAAGAGCCUGCAUCAUCAAUGCAGAGGCCGGUUCCGAUGCAAGGUCCUUUGGUUAACGCAUCAAAACCAGAUAUUGAAAUUUUCAAGAUGCUCAAAGCAGAUAAUUGGGAGCAGUCAGUUCCUAGUCAAUGUGGCCAUGGUUGCUGUAGGACACAAAAUGGCAGGAAAUCUCAAAAAUCUUUGUUAGGGCCAGAGUUUGUUGAGUAUUCAGAGCCUCCUUCAUUUCCAAGUUUGGAACUGGCUGCUAUUGCGACAGAUAUAAGUAACCUUGCUUGGCUUAAAAGUGGGUUGGAGAAUAGCAGUAUGAGAGCAAUAGGUGGUACAGGGAAAAAUAUCCCAAGUGCCAGUAAGCUUUUUAAAGAGAGUCGAGUGAGUAAAUAUUUGCAUUUUCAACAGAGAAGUGAUUACUUUAUAGGCAUGAAAACCAACAAACCACUUGCAUCAACCAAGACUGUGAAUGACUGCUCUACUACAAGAUAAAAUUCGGGGUUCAUACACAUGUGAAUGGUCCUAUCCCCUGUUUAGGGACAUGUAAGCAACAGGAAAAUCUAGAUGAAUGGUUAUGAGUCCUAGAAAUGUUUGUAUUUCAGGAUUAGUGUUGUGCAGCCAAGUUAAUAUUUCCUGGCCAAGAAUCAUGGAUAAAGUAAAUUGAAGAAAAAAAAAUUGCAGGAGACUUAAGCAGCUUUUGGCUUUGGUACCAAAUCCUGUUGUCCGGAAUACCUAUGCAAUAAUGGCAAACUAUAUUUUCAUAUUGAAGAGGAUUAAUUUCAUAUGGUGGUGGGAACUCACAGUUCCAUCAAAAUCUCUUAUUUCUCUA